UUGACACAAUCUAUAAAUAUGUAUAUCACACACUGACGAAUGUUCACAAACAACUCUUAUCUAUUUUAAAUAAAUUAAAAACAGAGAAACAAAAAUGAAAUUUGGAAAAGAUUUUUCGUCAGAGUGGCAACAAGCUUACGUGGAUUACAAGUAUCUCAAAACCCUUGUCAAAGACAUCAACCGCUUCAAACGCAAAACCAAUCUUCACGGCGGUCAGAUAAGCCUUUCGUCGACGGUGCUCGAGAUUGAGGAUGGAAUAACGACGGCGACUAUUCAGGUUAGUUCUACGGCGAGUCAACGGUACGAGACAACGUUUCUGAUGACGGCUGAGAAAGGAGGAGAGUAUGAAUUGGUGUUUUUUCGGCGACUAGACGAUGAAUUCAACAAGGUGGAGAAAUUCUAUAGAGAGAAAGUGGAUGAGGUGGUGAAAGAAGCGGCGGUGCUUAACAAACAGAUGGAUGCUUUGAUCGCAUUUCGGUUAAAGAUGAAGGAAGAGAGUACAGUGGAGAUGGCUCGCUUUGCCUUGCAUGGAGUGGUUUCUCCGGCGGAGCUCGCCAAAAAUCCAUCUAUGAAAGUUCAUAUGGAGGCCAUAGAGGAAGGAGGUUCCAGUAGAGCUGGUAGAAGAUCCGAUGAAGAUGACUAUUACACAGACGAAGAAGAUCACAAUGAUGUAUUCUUCACACCAGCCAAUAACUUGAGCAAGAUGAAAUCUUCAAGCUCGGCUUUUAUCGAGGUUUUAGAUAGCAUCAAGAUCAACAACACAAAGGAAGCUCUUCAGUCCAACACUAAAAGCGUUCUCAAAGUAUCGAACCAUACAGAGCUCAAAUUCAGCAGAGAUAAUCUAAGGAAAAUCGAGGAGAAGCUAAUAUGCGCAUUUGUCGAGUUCCAUAGGAAGCUUUGGUAUCUCAAGAGCUAUAGCUUCUUGAAUGUGUUGGCGCUUUCGAAGAUAUUGACGAAGUAUGAUAAGAUAACUUCGAGGGAUGCUGCUAAGUCUUACAUGAAAAUGGUUGAUAAAUCUUGCCUUGGAAGCUCUGAUGAGGUUAUGAAACUGAUGGAGAAUGUUGAAGCUACAUUCAUAAAGCAGUUCACGAAUGGUAACAGAACGAAAGGAAUGAACAUCUUGCGACCAAAACCUAAAAGAGAGAGACACCGACUAACAUUUUCCACAGGUUUCUUGGGUGGAUGCAUGUUUUCUCUCAUAGUGGCUCUUGUGGCUAUCGUGCGCACCCGAAACAUUUUACAAGAUGAUGGCCAAAAACAAUACAUGAAUACGAUGUUCCCUCUUUAUAGCUUGUUCGGGUUUAUUAUGUUACACAUGACUAUGUAUGCUGCUAAUAUUUAUUUUUGGAGGCAGUAUCGAGUAAAUUAUUCCUUCAUAUUUGGUUUCAAACAAGGAACUGAACUUGGCUACAAACAAGUUCUCUUUGUGGGAUUCAGCAUUGGCGCGCUUGCUCUUCUUUGUGUUCUUGCCAAUCUUGACAUGGAAACAGACCCCAAAACCAAAGAUUACCAAGCAUUAACCGAACUUCUUCCUCUUUUCCUCCUCAUUGCUAUGUUCGUAGUUCUAGUCGUACCAUUCAACAUCUUCUAUCGAUCGAGUCGCUUCUUCUUCCUCACUACCUUAUUUCAUAUGCUUGCUGCUCCUCUUUACAAGGUGACAUUACCCGAUUUCUUCUUGGCAGAUCAGUUAUGUAGCCAAGCGCAAACUCUUCGAAGCAUCGAGUUCUACAUAUGUUACUAUGGUUGGGGAGAUUUCAAACAAAGAAAAAACACUUGUAAAGAUUCACAAGUCUUCAAUACUUUCCUAUUCAUUGUUUCUGCUUUCCCAUUUUUUUCUCGCUUCCUUCAGGUACAAUAUAUUGAUCUCUACUAACUCAAUAAUUAUAAUUUGGUUGUUCAAUAAAAAAAGAAUUUCUGACAUUUUAUGUGUAGUGUAUGAGGCGGAUGCUUGAAGAGAAAAACAUAGAACAAGGGUAUAACGGUUUCAAGUACAUUGUGAUAGUAGUUGCUGUUUGCUUAGGGAUGGCUUAUGAAGUGGAUGACGAAAAAGAUCGUCAAAUUAUUUGGAGAUUGUUAGGUGGUAUUACCUCGGCUAUGGCAGUGGUUUUCUGUACAUAUUGGGACUUGGUUUAUGAUUGGGGACUUCUUAACCGAACAUCCAAGAAUCCAUGGUUACGCGAUAAUCUUCUCAUCCCACACAAGGAAGUAUACGUCCUUGCAAUGAUCUUAAACGUGGUGCUGAGAUUUGCGUGGAUGCAAACUGUGUUAGAUUUCAAAUUCGAGUCUAUACACACACAAACAGUGGUCGCAGUCGUGGCAAGUCUUGAGAUUAUUCGUCGUGGAAUAUGGAAUUUCUUCAGGUUAGAGAACGAACAUUUAAACAAUGUCGGUAAGUACAGAGCUUUCAAGGCGGUUUCAUUACCAUUCAACUACGAAGUGGACCAUUAAAUGUUCGUUGAAUAGAGAUUGUAGCCAUCCUUGCUUGCUCUUCGUCGUUAUCUAAUCAGCUUUAGCUGAUAAUGAUAUUAUCCCAUGUAUAUAUGACAAGGACAAUAGUCAAGUCUACUGUCUCACAAAUGGUCAACAAAAUUCAACCAUUCUAUAUUUGUAGUCGUGUUAAUAAUUUAAUAUUUGUUUGUUCGUAAUAUUCAUAUAAUUUUUCUCCUUCUUUUUCUGCACCAUACACU